AUGGACGAGGUGGAGAGGCAGUACCCUCGGCAGUGGAGAUAUGUCAGGUUGCUAGGGUCUUGCCGUUCUACCCUUUGCAUUGCUAAUGUGGCCAACCGUGAGGUUGCUAUCUGGGAUCCGAUCUCUGAUCGCCAUAGCAUCUUGCCGCCAGAUGCUGAGAUACCCCAUGGAUUGGGUCUCUCUGUUUAUGGAUUUGGGUAUGACGAAUGCAAUGUUGAGUUCGUGUUGUUGAGGGUGGUUCAGACCUUGCGAAGGCCAAUUGUAUCUGAAGUUAGCAUCUAUAAGUCAGAAGCUAACGUGUGGAGGCGGCUCCAAGGGAUGCCAUACUUUCUGGUUGAGCCGGGCAGAAUGGGGGUUUACCUGCGCGGCCGUCUGCACUGGAUAAUGAGACGUGAGUGGGUGCGAAAUUCGGCAAAAGUGUUGGUGGCUUUUGAUAUUCGUACUGAGAGUUUUGUGGAGAGUUUUGUGGAGGUGGACCAGCCUAAUGUUAUAGACAAUAGGCUUUGCAUGGAUUUGGCCGUCCUGGAAGAGCAUCUUUCCUUACCGUUUAUCGUGAGCCAGGGGUUGUCGAAGUGUGGAUUAUGA